CUUUCGCGUAGAUGGGUUUGAAGUUCAUCCGGUAGAUGGAAUCUCAAAACUCGUAUUUCAUACCACAGAUGUCGUUAGUUGUAGGUUUUUAAAAAAUUUUGACACUGCGCUUUUUUAACCUCGAAGAGACAACAACAACACCUGACUCGCCAGGUGAACCGACCCCACCACGUGGUAUUUAAAAAUCCAGUGCCGGUGAUUGUUGGAAUCAAUUGUUGACUUUGUCUUCAAUCAUGCCUGACGUUCUGGAGAUACUUAGGGAACCAGGAAUGACGAAAGUCUGUGCACCAAUGGUUCGAUACAGCAAACUAGCAUUUCGACAUCUAGUCAGACGUUAUAAUUGUGAUGUCUGCUUUACACCAAUGAUCCUGGCUGAUUCGUUUGUGCAAUCCUCUAAGGCGAGGGAUAAUGAAUUCACUACAAAUACGAGAGACGAACCCUUGGUGGUACAAUUUGCAGCCAAAACACCCGAGGACUUCGCUGAUGCUGCGGAAAUGGUUGCUCCAUACUGUGACGGAGUCGAUUUAAAUUGUGGCUGUCCCCAACGCUGGGCUAUCAAAGACGGUUACGGAGUGGAUUUACUCUCAAAACCUCAACUUGUGAAAGACCUCGUUCUCACGGUUCGAAAUCGCAUCCCCACCCCCUUCACAAUCUCUGUAAAAAUUCGACUCCUGAAAGAACUCAAUAAAACAAUCAAUUUCUGUAGAAUCCUGGAAAAAACUGGAGUGUCGUUUCUAACAGUUCACGCACGUACUCCAGAGAUGCGUAAUCAGCCGAUUGAUCUAACUUCCCUGAAAACGAUUCGAGAAAGUGUUCAAAUACCCCUGAUUGCUAACGGCGGUGUAAAUACACUGGAAGAGGCUGAGAGACUCUACGAAUCAUCAAAAUGCGAGGGGAUCAUGGUAGCCAAUGGCCUGCUGACAAAUCCAGCCCUUUUCGCAGGAUCGGCCAUUACUCCUUUAUCAUGCCUGCAAGAUUGGCUGAACAUAACGACAGCCAUUCCCACCAAUUUCCAAACGAUGCACCACCACUUGGUUUUCAUGCUCGAAAAGGUCCUUACGAAGAGCCAACGACAAAUAUUCAAUAACCUGCAGACAAAGGAAAGCUCGUUGGAAUUCCUUCAUUCUUCCUUAGGAAUCGCUCCCCAGGAUUCACACGAAUGCUGUGAGCCCAUUGUCUGUUCAUAUCAACAGCCAGUCAGAUCCAAUUCAAGUCUCAAUACAACAGCUGAUAAUGAAAAUAAUUGGGAAUUAUUCCCUAGUCUCUUUGACGAGGAAAAUUCGUCAAUCGUUAGAGAUUCAAAUUGACGAUUGAAAAAGUUCAAGCGUGAAAAUUUCGAGAUGGUUUGGGAAACGAAAUAUCGAGUAUAAAGUUGCUGGGGGAGCUGGAGCGAGAUGCAUGUGCAUGUCCUGAAAUCGAUUGGAUGUGAACGCAGACGCAUAGGCUUGCGCCUUGGGUUUGUGUUUGUGGAGCUCCAGGAAUGAAGUAGUACUGCCAGCAUAUUCGGAGAUGACAAUUCAUAAGGGUAUCAACCCAGUUGUGCAUUUGUUAAGUACCAUCAUCUCAUUCUAAGUUUUGGAAAAUAUUUUUUAAUUGUUAAAUUUCAUUGUAAAUGACUGCAAAGUGUUGCAAAAGUGACGGAGAAUUCGGUAUUGGGAUAAUGUAAGGGGCGAUUACAAGACGAUGGGUUUAAGUAUCAGAGGUGAAUCGAAUCUCGGUUGCAUAUUCUUUGACCAUCAGCGUGUCAACGACAGUCGGCGGUGUACUGGAUACGUCAAAAUGUGAGUAAUGAUCUCUCCUAAUUUUGCAGUCUCAUUAGUGAUUUUUUUUUUAUUCUGACAAUUCUUGAUAAAUUAAAGAAUCUUUUCACGAUGGAA